AUGGGGUCCCUCAGCCAGCCACGCAAACAGCUGCUGUGCCACAUUGUUGACGAACGCACUAGAUCUGCUUCUGCUUCUCAGGACCAGCCUUUUUGCAUCCAUCCGGUCUCUUCCGACCUCGAGGAUGGAUGGCGGGAUGUUAGCUUUCAGGAUCUUGCCACGGCGGUCAAUCAUCUAUCCUGGUGGAUUGAGAAGAAUAUCGGCCGUGGCUCUUCUAGGUCUGAGCCCGUCGCAUACUUAGGGAUCAAUGAUAUUCGUUAUACAAUUUUUAUCCUGGCUUGUAUGAAGACGGGAUAUGUCGCUUUCCUCCCGUCGCCGAGAAACUCAGAGGCCGCGUUCAUGCAUCUAUUGAACGAGACAGGCUGUUCAAAGUUCGUAUACAGUCCUGAACGCUACAAAUUGGUUCAAGACCUGCAAAAUGUCAACGUUUCGAUCAGAGCUUGGGAAAUUCCUGGGCUCUGGGAGAUAGUCGACCAUCCAGCCGACAUCUAUCCUUGCGAUAGACAAUUCAGUGACUCAGAAAAUGAGACAUCGCUAAUCGUACACAGUUCUGGAACUACCGGGUUCCCCAAACCAGUCUAUAUCACACACGGUUACUGGACCGCCAUGGACAAUCUCUUCCUUUUACCAGUACCUCCUAAGAGGCGUCCAGGAGGUCUGAUAAAUGCAGAACCGGGGCGGAAGUUCUUCGCCAUGGCACCAUUCUUCCAUCAAAUGGGCAACUAUCUAGCCGUAAUAUCUAUCUUUCAUGGCGUAUCUUUUGUGCUCACCCCGCCAGAAAAACCGCUGACGGUGGAGUUAUUGGCCCGGAUUAUCGACGAAACUAGUCCGACAGUAACUUUACUACUUCCUUCUCUCAUAGAGGACUUGUCUUCAACGGAAGAAGGAAGAGUGACACUGGAACGCUUUCAAACGAUAUACUUUGGCGGUGCGCCGCUAGCCAAGUCUGCAGGUGAUAGAUUAUCGAACCUGGAAAUCGCAAUUGGCUCCACUGAAAUAGGAUUGAUUCCUGGCUUGGUGAUUGAAGACGAUGCAAACCAUGCGGAUUGGCAGUAUUUCGAAUGGAACCCGUACUACGGAAUCGAAAUGCUGCAGAUCGACAACGAGGGUAAACAUGAAAUGAUUUUACACCGGGAAAAGGUCACUGGAGCCAAGAAAAAUGAGAAUGACCGUGGAAUUCACUGUGUAUUUCACACAUUCCCGGAAAUGGACGAGUACCGCACAAAUGACAUGUUCCUACCUCAUCCGACGAAGCCGAAUCUGUGGAAGUAUUAUGGUCGACUCGACGACGUGAUAGUGCUGAGCAAUGGUGAGAAGUUUAACCCCAUUGAAAUGGAAAAAGUCAUUGAUGGCCACCCACUCGUCUCGAGAACACUGAUUGUUGGCAACGGCCAAUUUCACUCCGCCGCUCUCAUUGAACCCAACUGGCAUAGUUUGGAUGAUUCGAACACAGAGCAGAGUACUUUUAUCGAGGAAAUUUGGUCGUUUGUUGAGAAGGCAAAUGAAAUCGCACCGGCAUAUGGUCGAUUAAUGAAAUCCAAGAUUGCGAUGGCCGCGAAAGACAAACCGUUCAAAUACACACCGAAGGGCUCGACACGGCGAGGAGUGGUAAUUGCGGAGUACAUGCAAGAAAUCGAGGAUUUGUAUGCUCUAGAGGAGGAAGACAAUUCAUAUCGCUUUUCUAAAGAGGCAAAUAUCGAGGAAGUCACAAAAGCCAUUGAAUCCAUAUUGGCAGAUCUGCUGUCCAUCGAUAACAUUACGGACGAAAGCGAUAUAUUCGCUCUUGGCAUCGAUUCGCUUCAAACUCUCCGGCUCAGCAGGGUUCUCCUGGGCGCACUACGCUCGGUGUACCCAGACAUCAAUGCAAAUGUUAUAUCAAGUCAAAAGAUAUAUUCCCAUCCAUCGGCGACAGGACUUUCCAGGUACAUUUACAGUAUUUUGCACGGAAAUACUGCAAACGACCAACCGGGAGUGGCCGAGGAAUCCGAAUUAGAGAGGCGCAAGAGGAUCUCUGCUUUAGUCGAAAAAUAUACAACUGGAUUGCCCGCCAAUGAAGUUACCAGUAUUGCACAAAAUAAGACUGGGCGUGUCGUUAUUUUGACCGGGUCGACCGGCUCUCUCGGAAAUUACAUCUUGAAUGAACUACUCAACGAUCCUCAAGUUUCCCAAGUUUUUUGUUUGAACCGCUCAGUUGAUGCCAAAACAAGACAAUUAGCCAGUUUCAAGGAGAAAGGACUCUUGGAUGAUCUUACUUCUAAAGUUGAAUUCCUCACAGCCGAUUUAGGACAGCAAUAUUUCGGCCUACCAGCAGAAAAAUAUGAAUACCUCAAGAAAUCAGACCUCAUCAUUCAUAAUGCCUGGAAAGUUAAUUUUAACCACAGGGUGGAAGCUUUCGAAGACAUUCAUAUUAAAGGUGUUCGCCAGCUUGUCGACUUCAGCCUCAACAGCCCCAAUCACCCGCAUAUUCAUUUCAUCUCUUCAGUUGGCACUAUUGGAGUGCCCGGAACGGCAGCUCCAGUCGAGGUUCCCUUUGAGGAGCCAGACACUGUUAUCCCGCAGGGUUAUUCAGAGUCUAAAUUCGUUUCCGAGAGGAUUUGUGCCCUUGCAUCCACAGUUUCCGGCGUACCGACGACAAUCCACCGAGUAGGGCAAAUUGCAGGACCGACUACUGAACAUGGUCUUUGGAAUAAACAAGAAUGGCUUCCUUCGCUAGUAGCUACUUCUAAAACGCUGGGCAAAGUUCCGACUGAAUUGGGAAAUAUGCCUGUCGAUUGGAUUCCAGUGGACUCUCUUGCAAGGAUUAUUGUUGAAAUCACACGAUCGAGACAAACCACAGAAAUUGAUUUGCGUUGUGCUGCAUUCCAUUUGAUCAAUCCCUCACGCACGUCUUGGGAAACUGUUCACCCAGUUAUCCAAAGGGAAUACCAGAGCAAGCCCGUCGGCCUUACGGACUGGGUAGAAGAGCUCGAUGGGUACAGCAAUCCGACAGAAGCCGAUAUACAGGACAAGCCAGCACUAAAAAUUGUGGACUUCUAUCGUGGCCUCAGUAAACAAGGAUAUGGGAGCCCAGGCUCUCCUGCAGAAACCAAACAAGCGCAGGCCGCCAGCGAGACCAUGCCCAUGUUUUCAGCAAGGUUAAAUAUUCAAGCCUCCGCAAACAUAGCCAAUGAGAUGGGAAAGAUUCCUGUUUCCAGACGCAAGCGAAAAACCCUCUCGUGCUACGAAUGCCGACGGCGCAAACUCCGAUGUGACCGCGAAGAGCCCACUUGCGGUCGAUGUCGCAACGCAGGACAGGGAGAGUCUUGUUCUUAUGAACAAAAACCAAUUCCUAACCGUAGUGAACGUGCAUUAGCCGGCUCUCCAUCCGCUUCGCCGCCAAUAUCAACAUCGGCAAGGCGGUGGACCCCAGCCACAUCUCAUGGCGGUCCGUCAAACAGCUCCGAGUCAGUAAAUCCGACAGUAUCAACCACAAGAAAAUUGGGAGAAGAUGAAAGAACCCAAGCACCUCGAGUGACAGCUCAAAACUCCGGAAGCUGGCAAUUGAUUGGGCCAGCUUCUGUCAACAGUGUCAACGAACUGCGACCGGCAAUCAGACCAGACAGCAAUGCUCCCUUGGUCUUUGAACGAUAUAAACCAACAACGCCCGAGGCGGUCAUUUUCCGGGGCGAGAACUUCAAAACACACUAUUACGGUAGCAGCAACCCAAUUAGCCUAAUUUCUCAUUUCCCGGAGCUGCGAUCUUUUAUGAGAGAAACAAUUAUGAAUCGCUCUUCUCUACCGCGUGUCCAGCGGGAGUUAAAGUCUUUCCAGGCUCGGUGGAAAGGGGUCAAGGCUGGCAUUUCUCCUGUUCCGGAUUUUGAUCUCCUUUGCCUCCUCCCGGAUAAAGAUGCGGUAGAUCAUCAUGUUCGCCUCUAUUUUGAAACAGUUGAAACUGUGUAUCGUAUAAUACAUUACCCGAGCUUUGCAGAGGAGUAUGAGUCCUUUUGGAGCGACCAGCGAGCGGCAAAUCCGGCAUUUGUUAUUCUCCUGCUGGUUAUCAUGGCCUCGGUGAGCUGCAUUGCUUUGAGAGAACAGCCAAAGUACAUCGGUGAUAGCUCAGCUACUCGAGAACGCGCUAUCUUAUUUAUCGAAGUAUCAGAGUGGUGGCUAUCACGACAUAGCCACAAACACAUCUAUUUAGCCAUAUGGCAGAUUCGCUGUCUAUUGCUCUUAGCCAAACACGUCAAUAAUGUCAAGAAGAAGCGGCAUUGGGCAGAAGCCGGUCACCUAAUCAGAGAGGCCAUGUCGGCUGGUUUCCAUCGGGAUAUGAAUCUCUUCGGAGACAGAGUUUCUUUCUUUGAUCAAGAAAUGAGAAGAAGACUAUGGGCCACUAUGCUUGAGUUGGAAUUGCAGACAUCAAUUGAUAGAGGCAUGCCCUCUGCUGCAGUCGGCGUCUCCUCUGACAGCGCCGCGGUUCUAAAUAUCAAUGAUGUGGACCUUAUGCCUGACUGUGGCGAACUACCAACUUCCAAGCCAUUGAGCCAGUAUACUACAUGCUCGUUUCUUCAUUUGUCGGCUGCUAGCUUUCCUCUUCGUGUCUCGGUUAACUCUUUAGCCAAUGAUCUAACCUCUCGAUCUCGGUAUGAGGAUAUACUAAGUUACGAAGAACACAUCCUAAAGGAACUCGAAAAGCUACCAAAUUGGAAAGACUCGAAUUCAAGCGAUGUCCAAGGCAGAACUUUCAAUAUGGCCCACCUUCUUCUAGAUAUCCAACUUCGUCAAUUUCUGAUAUUGCUUCAUGCACCAUUCGCACGACAAACAGAUACCACUAAUCCGAGAUUCUCUUUGUCUAGGAUGGUUUGUCUCAAUGCUGCAUGUGAGAUUAUUGACAAGCAUUCGCAACUUGCAAGUUCUGGAAAUCAUCUAUUGCUGCUUUUCAGGCACGACUAUUUUAGAGGGGCGUUGGCUAUCUGCCACAACAUGUACACUUCUCUCAGUGUGCAGAAUAAUGUGGCUGUUGGCUUGAGCAGUAAAAUACUUCUUCAAUACCUUGACCGUGUCCUAGUGAUGCUGGAAGACAGAAUUUCAUACCUUGGAACGGGAUAUACGCAUUACUGGUACAUAUGUGCAGCUUGUGCCCUUCUUCGGUCAAUUCUAGACCCGGCCGACUCUAGGGCGCAAAUGGAGGAAGCAAUCGGCAAACUUACCAGGCAAUACCACCGUACAUUAGCAGGGCAAGAGGAGACACGCCAAGCAGAACGCAAUCUCAUUCCCGCCGAGUUGAGAAGAACGAACUUACCAGCGGAUCAAUCACAUUUUUCUGCGGAUAUUUCAAAUGGGGCUGGGUUUGGCAGUUUCGGUGAAGAAUUUCCACAGAUUGCAUUCGAUAGCACGGACGUUCCGCUGGACGAAUUCUUUUUCGGUAAUCCAGCGGCAUGGACCUUUGAAAACCUGUUCUGA